AUGACGCUAGUAGCAGGACAUUUUGACCCGCCGCACCGAGCGCGACCCGCCUCCCUUUUGAUGUCAUUCCAUUCCGACUCGACAAACUUCGGGUAUCUCAUUCCGCCUCCCAGCGCCUUCUCUCACCUCAUACUCAUCCCCAUCGUCCACGUUCGCCUCCAAGCCCCAACAUACCCCAGGAUGGUCUCCACCCGGAUCGAGCGCGCGACCCGAGACCUACACUUCGCCCCUUCCCUCCCACCUCACCCCGACCCUCUCGAAUGGGUCGCCUAUGGCAGCCUUUCGAAGAGAUUGCUCGUUGGCUCCGCGGAGAGCCUUUCACCAGACAUCCCCGCCGCCCUCGAGACAGCGCUCCGCUUCGCCCAACACCUCAUCCUCCACCCUUCCGGCCUGGCGCACGCUGCAACAUUCAUAGCGUGCACGACCAUGCCCGACGCGCUCGUCAAGAAAGCCAUCCGUAGGGUUCUGGCUACUCGGCAGUGGACUAUCGCUUUGGACAGCGAGAUCAAGGCAGGCAAUGCGAUGCAUUUUGGGCCGUCCAAGAUGUAUACGGGCCCACUGCUCGAAGAGCUGCAUCUCUGGUACGGACUCGAGUCCGCCGAGCGUCUCAGCCGUGCCCUCGAGACCGAUACGUGGUACAUGGUGCACCGGACUCCACCGGUGCUCCAACGUGCGCGAGAGCUCCUUCUGGCCGCAGUGGCUCUGGCUGGCGCCAUGGUACAUGCUCUCCGUUACCAAGUCAAGUGUGAGCUCAUACGCUACCCCGAAAUCUACAUCCCCCUCGACUACAAACACGACUACUAUGCGGCCGAGAUCAGUAGCCACUCUGAGAACCGCCUUCUCGGCGGGAUCUUCAGGAGGGGAUGGGAUCACAGGCCUCCUGCGCUCGCUGAGAUUACGAAGCGUGGGCAGUGUAUUGGGCUUCUGGGGACAAUGUCCCUUGAUUCCUCGGGGCGGCCGCAUUUUGAGACCGCAAUUGACGUUGCGAAGGUACAGGCGCUGAAUCCGACUGAGCCGAUGGAUUUCCUGACAUUGGAGUUGAAACACCGUCCCAGGGAGAAAUAUCGGAUCGACGAUGCCUGGAUCAUGGAGAUCGUGCAAUGUGAGCGCUUACAAGACUCGGUUGGUAGAGGAUCGGGCGGACUUUGGGCAGUGUACGAAAGCGGUCAGAUCAAUGAGGUCAACUUCCCCGUCGAAUAUGAUCCCACGCCCCUCAAGGUAAGGUACACUCUUACGCAGCCUCGUUCGACCUGGCAGACCCCCACCUGUUCCAACUGUGCGCCUCAGUUCGGCCUUCGUCCACGCGUAUACACCUCCCUGGACUCGGUUCAACCACCACCUCCUGAGACCUAA